AUGGAAAUACUACCAGCACUAGCACCAGGACCACCAGCACCAGGACCGCUGCCAAGCAUUCUUCCCCGCCUCUUCUGGGCAGUAAUGGCGGAAAGUGGCGGCGCUUCUUGUCUUCUUUCUAUCGAAUUUCAACCCGUCACAUUCCUCUUCAUUCCAUGCUGA